AAAGGAUCCGAACCGCAGGUAUCGUCUUCUUUCGAAGAAGAAGAAGACAACCUGGGUGAACCUCCUUCACCUGCCCAAUCGCUUUCUGUGGACAAGGAUCUCCCGUCCAGGGGAUCCUCUGCAGAAGAUCAGGAUCGGCAGGAGUCCGUGCCCACCUCUUAUCCCAGCGGGGAGGAUUUCGCCGAAGGCCAGUUGGAUCGGCGGAGGAUCCCCGUGGUGGUCUUGACGACCGUUUCUUCAGAGGUGGAACAGGGAGAUCAAGAGGACGUGAAUCUCUUGGAGCCUUCAGAAGAAGAGGAACAUCCUGGCUUGGCUAGCUUCCCUCUUGUGGAAUACGGCCAGGAGGAGAGGCCGACGUUGGCGGAUUUAUGCUCGCCACGAAGGUCAACGUUGGCUCCGCCCUCCCGAUCCGUUUCCGGAGAGCUAUACAAACUCUUUGCCCAGAUCCAAUCCUACGCCUUGCCUCCGGAAACCGAGGAGGAUGCUUCCAUGGAAGAGGAGGAGGAGGAAGAGGAGGAGGAGGAGGAGGUGCUGACGAGGAGCGGAGAAGGAACCACGGAACCCAUCUUCAUAACUCAGGUCAAGGAAUCUCUCGAUUCCGGGAGAUCCCAUGUGAGCUUGGGGAAAGUGACCCUCAACGUGCCGGAGAAACUGAAGGGUUACGAAGAGCUGCUCGGAGGGGAUCCCGGAUCAGAUUUUGUUGAGCCCAAAG